UUCUGGCGAAGACAGUUAGAGCUGAGUGGCCGUACGGUUGACAGCUUUCGGGUUCCAGCUCCCUCCCUCGACCGCUCGUCUGCCGCUCCCGCCCCUCUACUUCUUUUCCCUCUCUUUAUUUGUGCUUCAGAAAUUCCCCGUUGAAAGUCAGGUAGCUUCAGUGGUUUGACUUCGGUGGUGGAUAAUGAAUUGAGUCUGCGGGACGUGAAAACAAAAGUGUAUUUUAACGCUAACAGAUACCACAAAGUGAUUUUGAUUCGAGAUGCAUUUUCAUCUUUUGGCGUAGAAGUGGAAAUGUAUGCUGACAAUGUCAUGAGCCUGAUACGAUAAAGGAAAGACUUUGUAAAUGAAGACGUACUAAGCCGAUGACACGUGCAGUGAUAAUAUUAAAGGUUAACAAAAAUCAGAAAAGUGCAGCUACGUUGCUUACCAGUGAUCAGAAGAGCUUACUGGCAUCCACAAGAGAGGAGAAAAGGAACCGUCCUGACUCCCAGUACCACAACAAGAGAGAGAGAGAGAGAGUGAGAGAGCAUUGGACGUGCGACCCGUUGAAGAUGAAGGCCAGACGCACGUCUCAGCAGACACUAAUGUGGUACUACUUGUGUUGGUCUCUAGCGGCGUCAAUCACUCUGACUGCAGCGCAUCCUUUCCUCUACCUCAGAGGUACUCGAUACGGUUAUGGACGCAACAUCCGACCCCUGGGAUGUGUCUCCAAGACAGGAGAAAAGGGCGUCUGUAUGUUCGCUUGGGACUGCAUGAAAGCCAACGGUACACAUCUGGGAACGUGCAUAGAUAGGUUUUACUUUGGUUCAUGUUGUAAGAUGAACAAUGAGAUAACAACUCCACCGACAGAAGUAACACCUAUCUCUGGUGGUUUUGGGGGCACACCACCUGUUGGUGGGCAUUCUUCCGUAGGACAACCUUCCGAUGAUGAGGACAGUAAGGUCGAGAGUAGCAGUGAACAUUCGUCAGCAAGUGAGGUUUCUGUUCUUGGUUCUACUUCAACAGAAGCUUCUGUUGAUGAUCAGGGUUCUACCCCAGAACAUGUUCCAACUGUUGGACAUUCUUCUACCCAAGGACAAACUUCGACUAGUGCAUCUGGUGAACACACUUUUAUUGAUGGAUCAAUGCAAUCCACUGGAAUGAUCUCCAUUGAUAUGCCUACUUCUACUGCUGAAACAACUUCAGCUGAAGAACAGGCAUCUGAUGAACAGACUUCUAUCCAUGGUGAAACUCCUUCUGUACCUGAAGAGACAUCUAAUGAAGUACUGACAAAUGACGAAGUUAUUAGUAUUCAAGGAGCUUCUUGGCAAGAGCCACCUGUGACAACUUUAGAUACAGGAGAAGGAAGUGUGACCAGCUCUGUGCAUCCAAAUGAAAUAACAGCUGAAACAUUAACGACUCCUUUUGAAAUUGCCGAUCCUCUGUCUUCUACCACAGAAGUAACUGUAGCUGUAGACCCUAAGCCAAUGCAACCAGAAAUAACAUCUCCAGGUGUUACAGGAGUCUCAUCUUCUACUUCUGUAGGAGAAGAAACAUCAGCAGAAUUCCCAGACGACUUGACACCAACCACCUUGGACACCACUGAGACUCCAGAAAACCAGCCAUCUACUCCUGACAUGGCUUCUGUCACGCCCGUAAGUGCUCCUGCCACUGAGGUUCCUGAUGCAGGAGUUACUGGAGAGACACAAACAGAAAAAAUUACAGGAUCAGUUGCAACAAUCACAAUUGACGAGACGAAGACACCAACAUCAACAGAGAUUCCUGAAAUUGUAAGCAUUAGCAUUGACACCACAAGCAGUGGACCAGAUGGGUCUGAAAUGUCAAAACCGACAGUUCAGCCGUCAAUUGAAACUACAGAGCUAGUUACCACUCUUCAACAAGAGUUAUUCACAGAUGAAUCAACUCAACCCCCUAAACCUUCAGAUCUGCUCCCUCCAGUUAUUAGCCCUAUUGUUCCUGGAUCUAUAUUUCCUGCGGCAGCUACUCAGGAACCAGGCAUAACUACCUGGAUUCCUAGUGCGUCCACAGAACACCCUUCAGUUGCUACCAAUUUCCCUAUCAUCUUCCCUGGAUUUCCUAGUAUUACUGAUUCCACAGCCAAACCUGUAGUUGAUGUGUUGACGGAUAAACCAGAACUAACAACAAUUGGAAAACCGGCGAUUGAGGAAAGUGGAGAGGUUACUGAAAAACCUGAUGGUAUGCCGGUUUCAGCUGAGGACACAGAAAGACCUACAACCACUGAAGUAACUGAGACCUCUAGCGAGACUGAUAGCUCAGAAGUGGUAGAUCCUGUUGACAUGACGACUACAGUUAUACCACUCAGCACACAGUCACCAGAAGACGAACUUCUUAACCGACUGAACACCUCCAGCUAUAAAGACAUCUGUGGGACUCCUGUUUAUCCCACGAAACGCAUCGUUGGAGGAAGCGAAGCAACAUUCGGAGAGUGGCCAUGGCAGGUUUCUUUGCGUCAGUGGCGUCAAGUAACCUUCCUCCACAAGUGCGGCGCUGCUCUCCUAAAUGAAAACUGGGCCAUUACAGCAGCUCACUGUGUCGAAAAUGUCCAACCUGACGAACUUCUGCUCAGAUUAGGAGAAUUCGAUCUCGAAACCUCUGAGGAACCUUAUCCUUUCACUGAGAGGAAGGUUCAGAUUGUUGCCACACAUCCUCAGUUCGACCCCAGGACAUUCGAAUAUGAUUUAGCCCUUCUCAGAUUCCAGGAGCCCGUGAAUUUCCUGCCGAACAUCAUUCCAAUUUGUGUACCACAAGACGACUAUACUUUUAUAAAUGACACUGGAUAUGUCACAGGAUGGGGGCGACUCUAUGAAGAAGGUCCUCUGCCAUCUGUCUUGCAAAAGGUGCCUGUACCCGUCAUUACUAAUGAAGAAUGUGAGGGAAUGUACAGAGUAGCAGGCUAUGUUGAGCACAUACCAAACAUCUUCAUUUGCGCAGGGUACGAGGCAGGUCGUAGAGAUUCUUGCGAGGGCGACUCAGGAGGACCACUAGUCAUCCAGAGAGCGGAUGGAAAAUGGUAUUUAGCUGGCGUCAUAUCUUGGGGGAUAGGCUGUGCUCUGCCUAACCAGCCAGGUUAUACCCGAAUAUCUGAAUUCCGAGAGUGGAUUGAGAAGAUCAUUGUCUUCUAAAAAAUUUUAAAAACUAUUUAUUAUCGCUCUUACUGUAUAAUUCGUUGUAUCUGUUUUGUUGUUACUGAUAAUCGUUGUUGAUUUUGCUACUUAUCACUUUUUAUCGUUGUUAUCUAUCAUCUUGAAUGUAUGUGAGUAGGAUUUGUGUAAAGUAUUUUAUCGAAACGGGGAAACAGAGAUUUUUACGGAAGAUUUGAGAGGUCCAGAAUGGAAGACAGACAGUUCUUUAUAUUUCACCGGGAAAUAUGUUGACUCAAGAAAAGUAUAUUUCCUUUAACUGUCAAAGGAAUAGUGGAAAGUGAUAUAUGGCUAUGUUUCUACUUUCUUCUUUGUUGUUAUAUUUUUAAUAUUUAUAGUAACUGAAC